AUGGUGAAUUCGGACUCAGCCCAAGCGAAAGAGCUUCCUGGGUUUCUUCCCGAGGGCUUCAAAUGCAUCAAAGAGGGAAAAGCUCGCAUCGUUUAUCCGAGCAAUGAAGACGCCGACGAUGUUCCCGCCUUCUACAACCCCGCCCAAGUAUUCAACAGAGAUCUUUCCUGCGCCGUCCUUGAGGAGUUCGCUGUCCAGUACAAAGAGAAGAAUAAGGAGCUCAUCGAAAAACUCGAUCAAGAAAAGCGCGCAGAAGAUCCGAACUCUUCACCUUGGAAGUUUAAGUGCUUAGAGGCACUUUCUGCUUCAGGUCUAAGAUCGUGCCGUUACGCGCUAGAAUGCGAAACAGUCGACCAAGUUAUCGCCAACGACAUUUCCAUCAGCGCCGUCCAAGAAAUCCACAGAAACGCCAAAUUCAACGACUGUUCAAGCAGGAUCGAAGUCGCUAACAAAGACGCAAUUGAGUUAAUGGCGCUCCGACGGGCUCCAAAACUCAAUGUCCCAGUAAUUGAUCUGGAUCCGUACGGCUCUGCGACGCCGUUUCUGGACUCCGCUGUUCAAGCCGUCAACUACGGUGGCAUGCUCAUGGUCACGUGCACAGAUAUGGGCGUUCUAGCCGGCAACCACCCCGAAGCCUGCUUCGCCAAGUACGGCAGCUUCCCUCUCAAAUCUCAUUUCUGCCACGAGCAAGCGAUACGGAUCGUCCUCUAUUCUAUCGAAAGAGCGGCAAAUAGAUAUGGCCGAUACAUCGAACCUCUCAUUUCCCUCCACUUGGACUUUUUCAUCCGCGUCUUUGUCCGAGUCCAUCACGGCAAAAAACAUGUCAAGUUAUCAUGCACAAAAGUUGGCUAUGUCUGCCGCGAUCCUCAGUCUCACGGUUACACGCAUUACACCCUUGGCGAGCUUCAAAAGACCGAAAACGGACAAAAAUACGUCCCUCCUCAAGUACCCACAGCUUCUUCAAUUCCUUACGCGACGAGUCUCAAGCAAGGCGGCCCAAUGUGGUUAGGUCCACUGCACAAUCACGAAUUCGUCCGAGCAGUUCAACGGAGAAUCGAAGACAGCGACGAAAGUGUCUGGACGACGAAAACGCGUCUCUGCGGCCUGCUAGAGGCGUGUUUGGAAGAGCUCAACGACGUCCCGCUAUAUUACCAUAUGCAAAAAGACUUUGGCAUAGUGCUCAAGUUUUCGCUUAUGAAACAGCAAGUCCUCCGCUCAGCGAUCAUCAACGCUGGAUACAGAGUAUCUUCUUCUCACGCAACUACAGACAUAAUUAAAACUGAUGCUCCUUUGAACGUAAUAUGGGACAUUCUUCGCGCGUACGUUAAAUCGAAAACAGACGACUUCAAGUUGGAGAAAGUUGAAGAGCAUCACGUGAAAAGAAAAAUCCUCUCAGAUGAGCAGGGCGAUACAAAAGUUUCCUUUGAGCAAGCUGAAGAUAAGGGAUUAAAAGCUAUCAAGAAUGUUAUAAGGUUUCCUCCGCUGCCUGCUAAUUGGGGUCCCAAAGCGGCAGCCCGAAUGCAAAUGAAAGAAGGUCAAAAACUGGAUUGCAAGAAAAGAAAGACCAAUGAAGAAAGCAAAGACAAUUGCGUGAGGCAAUUGUCUAAGAGGCAACGAAUAAAGCAAAAUAAGCGUGAAAAAGAAGGAAAACAGAUACGAAGACAGAUCCAAUACCUGACCAAUAAUUUUAACUGCCAUCAACCAAUCCAAGAAGGAUUGGUGAUGUUGUAA